AUGUCAAGUUCAGUGUUCAAAGUGUACGACUCUUCUAGUCGCGAUGGAUUCGGAAGCGAUGCCGGUGCAAGCGGUACUAUUGGCGUCAAGGACAGUGGCUUAAGCAAAGUCCUGGUGCACGAAGAACUUAAACUCGAUUCCAACCUGGUCAUUGUGGUCAAUAAGGAUGGCUCGGUUUCUGUGGAUCAGGCUACUCUCCAGAGUCUACUAGCUAACGAAACGAACGACACAUCGGUCAGCGUGGUUCGCAUUUCUUCACCAACGCCAAGCAUCGAGGAGGAAAUCGAAGAAGAGCAACGACUUCUGAAGGAAGAGAAGCAAAAAUUAGACGCCGAUGCCGAUGCUGCCAGCUCCAAUGAAGAUUCAAACGAGGACAGUAAUUCCGUUGCCGGCACCAGUUCCGCUACGUCCAGUGUCGCCGGCAUAACGACGCGCCGAGGUCGUCCACCCGGUAAGAAAAGCACCGGUACGAUGCUGCUGGAAGAUGACGAUGAUCCGAAGCAUGUAAGCCUGACGGUCGAGGCUUACUAUCCUCCGAGCGAGGCGUCCAACUUUGCUGCUCAAGUUCUCAGCCUAACCGGGUACGAACAUCCACUGCGCCGCGUUGCGGUGGACAUCGAAUAUCUGAAGCAAAUCGUAUCGAACGAUCAUUGCUACACUCCGCUUUCAUCACCAACGCAAAAGCUGCCCCCUAGAACGCUGUUGGACGAUGUUGAUUCUUCGGAGGAAUCUACCACGAACAAGUCCAAAUCGGAUAGCACCUUCAACGUUGGAAAAUUUGCCGAUGUACGCAAAGGAAUCAAUGUGAAGGUAAACAAAACGGUUCCGCAAGCGGCAUCCGGUGGUGCAGCUUCAAUCGCAUCAAACAAGCUGAGAAAACCGGCGACCAGUACCGGUGGUUUAUCGUCGGAGCCGAAAAAGGUAGCCAAACCUGGUAAGCCUGUUGCGAAAUCAGCUAGAGAAAUUGACGAUGAAGAUGACGACGAAGAUGACGAUUUCGAUUCGGAUUACUCGGAAGAGGAGACUUCCUUCUCGGAGGACGAUGACGAGAUGGAUGCCGAUUUUAGCGUCACCGGACGUACGACGAUCAAGAAACGAAAGCAACUGCUAAAAAACAAAGUGUCUCCGAAGACAUCGCAACGAGCACCGUAUAGAAAAUCGGACACGAAAGAUAACGCCGAGGCCUCGAACGCAAAGGAAACAGAUAAGCAUAAGCAUGGUAAAGUGAUCGUCAAAUCUACCACACCAACUGUAGCAAAGACGUUACCCCAAAAGACCCUACUUGGAAAGGCGGAACAAAUCGUCAAAAUAACAUCAGCGAAGAAGGACAUUGUGAAGCUUCAUUCGGGCUCAUCCUCGUCCGGAUCAUCGACACCGACCGGUGUUACCAGCAGGCAACUGUUACCAGGCUCGAUCGCUGGAAAAUUACAAACCAAACCAGACUCAAGCCAACCGAAACAACCUUCAACAUCCGCCGUUACGACGACACCAGCUGUAUUGACUUCUAGUGUUGUGGUUCCUAAAAAGGAAAAGAAACCCAAGACCAACCCGCACGACGCCGCGCUGUUCAGCGAUAUGUCAGCACUCUUUUCCACCCCGGAUAUAAUUAAGAAAGUAAAUUCUGGCAAAACUCCAACGCCUACGAUCACUUCGGUGGGCAAUAACGUAAAUACUGGGUCUCCAUUGAUCACCACUACUGGUCAACCUAGUUCCGUAAAAAUGCAGGUUCUGACAAAGCCUACCGAACAGAAGCCACCAACAGCUUCGCCAUUACAAUCGCCCACAACUACUGCUCAUCCACUGCCCAAUACCGAGCAACGAUUGGAUCUAAUCGAUGCGUUCGUACAGGAAGAUUUGCGUCAAUCGGUACCUAGUCUGCCACUAUCAAAGUCGAGCAGUUCCUCGCAAAUACAGCAUCAGCAGCCUAUAGAAAUACCAAACAUCGUUAAAAUGUUGGAACAAACAUCGGCCGGGUCGAUCGAAGCCACUGGCGCAAUUCUAACUCCAUUGCUCCCCGAAGCCAAACCGAUUCAACCUGUGGUGGAUCUCCUGCCCGACACCAGCAUCCUUGAGGCACUGAACAGUAACGAUGAUGCGCUACCGGAAGAACUGCUGGAACAUGUAGCAGAAUUGGCGAAAAAUAAGGAACUGCAAGAAAUACUCGAUAAGCAGGUGCUUGGUGUUAUAGGUACGGAAGGAUUACUAGCGCCUCCGGUUAUUCCUAUGGGAGGGGACAAUGUAACGAACUUGUUGCCGGGACAAUCGAUGAUACAGGAGGCUUCACCCAUCGCUUUCCCGAUGGUUCCGAUGCAGAACAUUACUACCGAUGCGUCAAUGGUAUUGAAUUCAUCCGAACCGGUCCAUCAACAACCCAUCGGUACGGCAGACCAACCAGGACCUCGAAAGGAUGCGAUCCAAAUUCGUCGUAGUGAUGGGCGCUUGAUUACGCUGCCACCAAUAGAAGCACCUACAACACGCGCUUCGAAGCGGCGAGCCCUGGUUAGCGAUCCCAGUACACCGAUGACGACGGUACGCAAAUCCAUCGAUCAGUCACCGGCCACUGUUGCGGGUGGUUCGGAAGCAAUACCGUUUGUGGCAACACCGGAAACACCCAAACCCUCGAGACGUCCGUCUGUAAAGGUUGCAACCACACCAACCUCUUCACGACCUGUGACACCGGCCGGAAUGAUCGUCACAGAUGGUUCGAACGAUCAAGUCGAUCAGCAGCAUUCAGUAGAUGAAGCAUCGAAAGCUAAACGAAUUAGCAAAGUUCGUCAGUCAGUCGAUAAUACUCGCGUAAAACGAGCCAGCUCAACGCACGUGGCAGUUGCAAUCGAGUCGGUAGCGCAAGAUGAUGAUUACGAAUCAGACGAAAGCUGGAACUCGGAAGACGAUCCGGAUCGGCUUUGGUGUAUAUGUAGACAACCGCACAACAAUCGCUUUAUGAUAUGUUGCGAUUCGUGUGAAGAUUGGUUCCACGGCAAAUGUGUCAACAUAACGAAAGCGAUGGGUCAACAGAUGGAACAGGACGGCAUCGAAUGGACGUGCCCUAACUGUCUAAAGAAGAAACAAGAUCGACAGCAACCAAAAUUGAUGGCAUUUUGGGCAAAGGCCGGUGACACGGGAGCUACUGAUCCGGGUGCGUCAUCUCCGAAAGCUGUACAGCAGGGCACAACCGUGUCGUCGGAGGUGACGACCGAAGGCAAUUGUGUCGUUUGCAGUAAACAAGCUAAGCCUAGCUCGAUUUACUGUAGCGACGAGUGCAUUCGUAAGCAUGCUUCGAAUACCGUCGCAAACUCUCUGCCCGCAUCUAAAGUAGAAAAGUCGAAGGAUCGUCCAAACGUAGCAUCUGCAUCCGUCUCAGUGGCGGCUGCUGCGGCUACUGAUCUAUCGAACGACACUCAGAUGGUGAUUGUUAUGGAACGCAAAACUGGCCGUUGUUUAACAGGGAAAAAUGCGCCAUCGUUAGAAAACCUUAAAAGUUGGCUGCAAGCACAUCCUACAUUUGAAGUCGUUCCACCCACUUCCCCGCAGGGUACCAUUAUCCUUAAAAAGCAGGCAGCAAUGCGAAAGCAGCAGCUGGAAAAGGAAGCUGCCGAAAAGAAAGCGGCGAAUGUCGUCACUACAUCGACCAGCGGAGUCAGUGGGCAAUCGGGCAAAAUUCAAACCCAGCUUAAAUUUAACGAACAGCAAAAGAUAGUCAUAUCGACUGCAACCCCACCAGCUGCCGCGACGACAGCUUCAAAAUCACAAAAUUCACCCAAAAUUAUUACCACAACCAGCAAGCAAAUGGUGCAUAAAGUUUCGCGGUCUGUUGCCACCUCGUUUUCCCACACUCUGCUUGUCAAGGGAGCUAUUACACCUACGGCGAGAGGUGUAUCUAGUCCGGCAAAUCAACAGAAGAUGAAUGUGGGAAUGGGCAACAGUAAUCAUGGCACACCGACGACGACACCCGCAGCGCCGGUAUUAUCUACGAGCAUUAGCAAACAAAAAAAGCCAACUCAAAGUCCUGCACCGUCAUCGUCUCUCUCGUCCGAACCAUCGAAACAGUUCCGAAGUUCAAAAUCAUCCACCACAGCCGGUGGAGAAAACAUUCGUGUGACUGUGAAAAAAACAUUAAAGGAACAUCUGAUGCAACGUACCGCGGAGAUGCAAGAAGAUAGCACAUUUAACCGGCUCACUGAAGAAGAGAUCGAUCGUUUUGUAGAAGACACAGAGCAUCAAAUGUUUGUUCUCUUCAACAAGGACACCGGAAUGAAGUAUCGUGCCAAGUACAGAUCGUUGGUGUUCAACAUAAAGGAUCGCAAGAAUUUAUCGCUGUUCCAGAAGAUAUCGGAAAAGCUGAUAGAACCAAAGCAAUUGGUUCGUAUGACUGCUGAUGAGUUGGCGAGCCAGGAAUUGGCACAAUGGCGCGAAAAGGAAGCUAAACACCAGCUAGAAAUGAUAAAGAAAUCGGAACUAGAUUUGCUAGCCUGUGCGAAGAAUUAUGUGCUGAAGACGCACAAGGGUGAAGAGGUGAUCGAAAGUAAAACGGACGAUCGUGUCCAGCUGGAUCCGUCCGCACCGGUUGAGGAUGUGGUUCUGCUGCUAAACAAUUCCGCCGUUAGCAGUACGAGCGAGCUGGACGAUUCAUCGACUGCCUUCCCGGACGGUUCGCAUCGUUCGAAGGAUUACGACUACGGUGUGUACGGGAAGUCGUACACGGGAAUGUACGGCGGUAGUGGUUCGAUCUCGAGCAGCAGUAGCGUAACGGCACUCGGUGGUGGAAAGCUGGACAGUCACGGUUCCGGUGGUGCUGGUUCAUCAUCUUCUUCAUCGCGGAAAAAGGAAUCUCGUCGUAGUAGUCGCAGCCGUAGCCGGGACCGAAAGCAUGAGCGUGAUCGUUCGCGUGACCGUAGCCGUUCGAAACACAAACGGAAGCGCAGCCGUGAUCGCAGUCAUGAAGGACAUUCGAGCAGGGAUCGUGAUCGUGAUAGGGAUCGCGAUCGUGACCGAGAGCGUGACCGGGAGCGUGAACGGGAUCGUGAUCGCCAUCAUAAAGGACGUGAGCGCAGUAAGGAACGUUCGAAACAUGAAGCGAAGAGCUCACGGGAAAAAGAAACAGCCUCAAAAAGUUCAUCUGACAAACGAAGAACUUCGACUGCCAGUCGGGGAACGGAAGCGAUUGAUCCAAACACUACUAAAGACGUGUCCGAAUCGGAACGAAAGCUUGGUAAAACCAGUGAAGCGCAAAGUAAAGCAGCAUCUGGUUCGUCUAAAAAGCGGGUAGAAGGUUCGAAAGAGGCGACAAAACUUCCAGUAACAGUAACAGAAAGUGAUAAAGUGGUAGAAAGCAAGGAUUCUAACAAUCCAGAAACGGAGCACCUAAACGAUGGAGCUGUGUUGGACAAAAAAUCUUCGCUGGAAAAGAAUGCCGAUGAUACGACAGUAGCUGUUGAGGACGCGAGUAAAGAUUCGAAAACUGAUCAGGACCAAGAGCCUUCCAGCACAGUAACGAUUCCAACGCCGCCCCAUUAUCCGUUCGAAGGUCAAUCGCUGGAAGAUCCGAACGGUGGAGCUGUUGUCGAUCAGGCAAAGGCAGAAGCUGAAAAGAACCAUUGGACGGGCAGUGUGCAUAUGAUUGAUGUGGCGAGCAUUGAAAUGUCAAUCCGCACCGUUAGCGGCGAAAUUCACGACGUGGCAAAAGACUUCACGGAGGAUCUGAACAUUUGUGGCACCAUUAAGCCCGAAAUAGUGUGGGAAUACAUUGGGCAGAUAAAGAAAAGUCCCAACAAGGAGGUUUGUUUGGUGCGGUUCCAUUCGUCGGAAACGAGCGCUUACUACACGCUGUACAAUCACUUGCACUCGCGCAAGCGGUACAGUGUGGUGAAAUCACCGUCGGUUGCGAUAAAGGAUUUUUACAUCUUUCCCUUACCGGCGGAUCAGAUGAUACCGAUGAUUUUAAAGCCGCUCAGAGGCAUCGGUAUUAUAGAAGGGGAUAGUAAGCCGAACCUGCUACUGGGUAUACUGGUGAAGAUUAAGGGUGGCAAAAGGCCAUCCUCCUCAACCGCAACGAAUGCUUCUACCGCAUCAAAGACCGUACGACAUCAAUCGAGAGGUACAAUUGGUGCCACAGGUGGAAAGCCUAGCGCUGGUUCAGCAACAUCUAGUAAACCACCUUUAAUGCAGCAAGUUAUCACAAAAUAUGCUUCUAAAGAACCAUCCAACGAUACAAACAUGCCACCCAAAGCGACUGGAUCGGAAGCUAAUUUAAGGCUCGAUACGACAAUGGGGCGUGCCGAUACGAAUGUUAGGGUAGAAUCUGCUGAAAUAAACACGCCCGACACGCCGGUAAACGAUCCAAUGGAUAUGGAAAUCGAUAUGGAUAUUAUUAAGGCACCGAUCGCCGGAAAAGCUGUACCCAUAGAAGGCAAUAGCGCCGUUGGAACGAGUCGGGCACCGGAAAUAAACUCUAUGCUGAUCGACGAUGAUGAUGAUGAACCGUACUCACCCGGUGGUGGUAGUGAUGAUAGUAACUUUGCAGAUGUCACCGCUAUCGUCGACACGUCCAAGGUGCCACGGGGCGGUGUCACCGAGCAUGACGUUGACCCGGACGAAGAGCGAAUGCGACUUGCAAUGGAUGAGUUGAAUAGGAAAAUAGCCGAACAAAAGAACGAGAUCGUUGGACUGAUCAGUAUGGCGGAUCUGAAGGAGGAUGAAAUCAAUUCCGCACUGCCACCGUCGCUGAUCAACGAAAUACCAAUACCGCCCAAUUUAUCGCAAAUUCUGGCCAGUAUUAAGGGUGGUGGUGGUACGGCAGGUGUUGCUGGUGUAGCAGAUACCGUUGAUGAAGGUUCUUUGGUGACACCGUCUGCCAGCGGAAUGGGAGGCGCAACGAAUGUGGAACCAAUGUCGGUUAUGAGUCGAUCGUCGGAAGUGCCAGCUGACGACGACGAGGAGUAUAAUCCAACGACACCGGCUUUGUACGGUGCGUACAAAGCUGCUGCAUCGAUUCCAUACUCCGCCGUACCGAUCGCCAACAGUCAGGGUGAUAUUGAUGAACGGAUUAUACCGCCUACGUUGCUUCCAUCUACCGUGGCGACCCAAAAUGUUGUGCCAUCGGCGUUCGAUCCGAUGACUUCAUUGACCGCUUCCGAAGCCGUGCUUGCCAACCUUGCGGCCUCAAUGCCAUCGGUUGCUAGUGUGACGCAACCGGCUAGCGGUUCCGGUGGCGAAAGUCGGUUAGCGAAGCUUUCGGAAGCAGAAUUGCUCAGCAUGGUGCCCGAUGAUGUAAUUUUGCCCGAUUCUUCGUCAAAGGAUUCGUAA